AUGGGCCCGUAUGUGCCGCCGGGCCAGUCGCCGCCCUUCGAGGUCGUUGAUGACCUACACCAUGGAGCCUGGCUGAUUAUAACUGCUGCGCUGGGGCUGGUUGUAUCCCUAGCAUGCCUUUUGAUCCGGCUCUAUGUGCGCCUAAUGCUGAUUCCGCCGUUUGCGCGCGAUGAUUGGGUUAUGUUGAGCGCAACUGCAUUUGCUGUGGUGCAAUCAAGUCUCGUGUUUUACGCCUGCUCCCGUGGAUUCGGGACAUCUCUCUCGCUGCUGAAAGAUGGCCGACUCAAUGAGAUCCAGGCAUUACUCGCAACAAGCGAUAUUCUCGCUCUUAUAAUAAUCUAUCUCUCCAAAUGUUGUGUCGUGGCGAUAUAUCUUCGCCUUACUCCACAAAAGCCACACAAUCGGGCGUCCUGGGCGACGCUGGCUUUGUGCACCGCCUGGGUCAUUCCAGCUAUAUUUAUCAUCCUGGUCAAUUGCGAGUUGAACACACCGUGGCGAAGUGAGGGCGGCCGAUGCCUCAACUUGGAAAAGCGAUGGCAAUUCAUCGCAGCAGUUGACGUUAUUACCGAAAUCAUCCUUUUCUUACUAGCCGUGGUGCUCUUAAAGGGCUUAUUUAUGUCCCUCCGUCGCAAACUAGCCGUCGGAUUCGCAUUUGUGUUCCGUUUUCCCCUAAUAAUAUUCUCUAUAAUCCACAUCUCAGCCCUACGCACCGCCCUCAACAGCAAAGAUACAACCCUCGCCGCUGUCGAACCAACAGUCUGGAUGCAAGUCGAGCUCCACUACGCCCUCAUCGCAUGCAGCGUAUUCUGCCUACGACCUUUCAUGGCAGCCGUCAGCACAAACUACGGCACGGCAGGUGACUCAACGCUAGAAAGUAGCAUGUCGAGAUCGCACGGCACACAAGGAGGCUCGAAGUCCGGAUCUGGCUCGAACUCGAAUGCGGCUUCGAGGUCGGCGUCACAGUCACGCGUGCAGAGGAAGAGAGCCGGUACAGAGCCACGGCCGUUCGUCUAUCCGACUUGGAGUGAUUCCAGCUCUCCUUGGAAAAAUUAUAGCCCGGGGUCGGGUCAAUUGUGUCUUGAUUCUAGUGCCCGUGCGCAUGGAGCGCUAGGAAAUUAUCAAAGGGACGAGCAUCGUGUUCAAUCGGAUACGGUGCGGGGGCCGAUGCAUCGAUCGCUGUUUCCGCUUAGUGUGGCUCGUAAGAAAGGGAGCUUCCAAAGCUUGGAUAAGUGGAAGAAACACACUGCGAAAGUGGAAUCAGGAAGUUCGGUUUUGACGACCUCUGAUUUGAUCGAACUUGUGCCGAGGCCGCAUAUGCGGCAUGCGAGCGAUGCAACUGAUCAUGAUGGGGACGGCGCAGAUAGAAUGGUCAUUCACAAAGAGGUCCGGUAUUCAAUUCAAUAUGAAGAUGAGGUGGAGCUAAGGAGCCGGGAGGACUUGGACAAACAUAUUGUUGAUGUUUCUACUUAUGUAUAA